CAGUUGCCGUCGAUCAGAUCCACAGCUUUAGACAUACCCGCUCAUGAGGCCACCCUCUAAUUUGCAGGUUGAUCUUGAGAAUGAAGUGGCUUUCUGAUUAUUUUGGGGGGUAGAAGAAUAUGAGUAUGGCUGCUGGUGGUUCCUCUUCUCACAUCACUUUGAAGAAGAUUAAAUAUGAUGUGUUUAUUAGUUUUAGAGGUGAGGAUACCCGUUAUAAUUUUACAAGUCAUCUUCAUAGUGCUUUAUCUCGAGAGAAAAUCAAGACCUUCAUAGAUGAGAAUGAUCUCAAGAUUGGAGAUGAAAUAUCACCCACACUUUUGAAAGCAAUUGAAGAAUCAAAGCUUUGUCUAAUUAUUUUGUCGGAAGACUAUGCUUCCUCUAGAUGGUGCUUAGAUGAACUCGCGUACAUUCUCCAAUGCAAGAAAACGGCUGGACAAUCCGAAGUUCUAGCUGUUUUUUACAAUGUUAAACCAUCAGAUGUAAGAAAACAACAAGGAAGUUAUGCGGUUGCGUUUGCUAAACUUGAGGAACGUUUUGAGGAUGAGAAAUUGCAAGCGUGGAGAGACGCUUUGAGAAAAAUAGCUGAUCUAUCUGGUUGGACUUCAAAGUCAUUUAGGUCUGAGGACAAAUUAGUUGAUACAAUUGUUGAUUCUGUAAUUAAGAAACUCAGGGAUAUUUCUGCGCCAAGGGAUGAUUUGAAGGGCUUGGUUGGAGUUAUUACGCGGAUUGAGACAAUUGAAUCGUUGUUACACAUUGGUUCAUUAAAUGUUGGUCCUGUGGGCAUUUGGGGCAUUGGUGGCAUAGGUAAAACAACUCUUGCGCGUGCUGUAUUCAAUCGGUUAUCUUCUCAAUUUGAAGCUUGCAGUUUUCUCGAAAAUGUUCGAGAACAAUGGUUACGGGCAGAUGGACCAAACCUGUUAAAAAAUAUACUUUUCUCAGAAUUGAUGGAAGGUGAAAGUUUCCUACCAUUUACAAAGGACAGGCUUCGUGAAAAAAGCGCGCUCGUUGUCUUUGAUGAUGUUGAUGACGCAGAGCAAUUCGAACAGUUAGUUGGUGAUUGGUUUGGUCCUGAAAGUAAGAUUAUUGUAACGAGUAGAGAUCAACAAGUUCUCCGAAAUAUUGAAGUCAGUGAAACGUAUGAGGUUAAGGAAUUAAAUCAUGACGAUGCUCUUAAACUCUUUUCUCUGCAUGCUUUUAAGGAGAAGGCUCCUACCGAAAAUGAGAAAGAGUUGUCAAAAAGGGCAGUAACUUAUGCUGGACGUGUUCCGUUGGCUCUCAAAGUUUUCGGCCGCCACCUUUUGUCUAAAACGACAAACGUAUGGGAAAGUAUAUUAGACAAACUGCAAAAGUUUCCAGACAAGAAGAUUCAGAGAGUGUUGAAAAUUAGUUAUGAUGCACUAGAGGAAGUGGAGAAAGAUAUAUUUCUUAAUAUUGCAUGCUUCUUUAAAGGGAAGGAAAGAGAUUUUGUAGAAGGAAUACUAGAUGGUUUUAAACUCUUUGCAACUGCAGGAAUUGAAGUUCUCAUUGAUAAAGCACUAAUAACAAUUGGAUUUGGGGACACCUUAGAGAUGCAUGAUUUGUUACAAAUGAUGGCUUUUGAAAUUGAUCGCAAGAAAGGUAGAAGGUUAUGGAAUGAGCUUAAAACGAUUGAAGGAAUAUCUCUUGAUACGUCAAAGCUUGAUGAAGAGAUCAGCUUGAAGCCUAUAACCUUUUCAAAGAUGCGCAGAUUAAAAUUGCUCAUGAUCAGUGGGAGAAAAGUAUCUCUUCCUCAAGGUCCUCUGCCUUUUCCUGGUUCACUUGUCUAUCUCCAAUGGGAUGCAUACCCUUCGAAAUCCUUCUCAACAAAUUUUACGGCAAAGAAUCUUGUUGGACUUUACAUGCCCUUUAGUAAUCUUACGCAACUUUGGGACGGUGUCGUGCGCUUGGAUAACUUGAAAUGGCUCGAUCUCAAAGGCUCUAGGCAUCUAAUUCGAGUUCCAGAUCUGUCAAUGGCUCCAAAUAUUGAGGGCGUAUGUCUUGCCUUCUGUGAGAAUUUAGUUGAACUUCCUUCAUCUUUUCAAUAUCUCGACAACCUUAACGACCUCUUCUUGCUUGGAUGCUCUUCUCUGUGCAAGUUGUCAGGGCUUCCAAAAAAUUUAGGCAGAAUAGAAGUGAUCACCCCAGUAUUGAAACGUGACCCCUACGGUGCUUGUUUUUGUUUAAAUAUGUGUAGUGUCCCAAUAAAAUCAGCAAUCAGAGCAUUUCCACCAUUAUGGAGGGAGAUUACUGAUUUUGAAAUUAGUUCAAAGUUGGAAACAUUUCCUGAAAUCAUGGAGCCUAUGGAGUGCCUAGAGACUCUUCGUUUAGAGUAUGCAGCUAUUAAAGAACUGCCCCAUUCAAUUACGAAUUUCACUGGGCUUACAACAUUGAUCCUGCAUUUUUGUCCAAAUCUUGAGUUUCUUCCCGAAAGCAUCUCCAAUUUAAUCUCUCUAGAAAAACUCAGUGUUUGCUAUUGCCCGAAACUUACAUCUUUACCGACUCUUCCACGAUCUCUAACAGAGGUUGAUGCAUACCACUUGACGUCGUUGAAGACGGUAUCAAGUUCAGUUAAUUUAGUAAAGCAAGAUUGGGGUGAUCUCUGUGAAGAAGGUUAUGAUUCAGAGCAUUUUGUAUUUAUUGGUUGCCCAAAGUUAGAUGAUAACACACGCAAAGCUCUUGGGGAUGAAGCACAAUUUAGAGUUUUUCGUAUGCUCUGGUGUUCAAGAUAUGAAAACAUGGUGAAAUGUGAGAUUUGCUUGCCAGGAAGUGAAAUUCCAAGGUGGUUCACUCGUAAGAGUAAGGGAUCUUCAAUAUGUUUCAACCUUCCCAAUCCACCACAGAAGUGGCAUAACAAAAACUACUUGGGUCUCGCCAUGUGUGUUGUUCUUGAUUUUGGAAAUUCUCGAUGGGAUACCGCAAAUUUGCCGAGAGUCAACUAUGAUAUUGAUUACACAUACCCUAAUGGUAAAUUGGUGUCAUGGACGGGAUUUAUGAGAUUCAGUCAUAUUGCUCCCUUUUGUUGGUAUUCUUUUUUUGAAUGUUGCGGUGUACUUGAUCGUCCACGGCUCAAACUUAGCGACGUUGACGUCUCGAGUUCCAGACACAUGCUCAUAUUUAUUGACACCUCCUUUGGCGACUUCACCUCCUUUGAGCAUCGUCUUUGGAAACGUCUUUGGCAACCUCAUUUGCUUGAGCAACGACUUCAGCCUCUCCCAAAAAUCUCGGAGAACUUGUCAGCUGGUCCUAGUUCUGCUACAGUAAAAAUUUCUUUUCGAACUUCAGAUACACGUAUCAAAGUUAAGAAAUGCGGGGUCCGUCUUCUAUAUAGACAAGAUGCAGAGAGAUUUGGUUUCAAGUUUGAAGACAAAGAAGGUAAUGACGUUGGUGAAGAGUCUGGAUCAAGUGGAAGCGGGGUGAUAUAUUUUGAAGAAGAAGAAGAUGAUGAUGAUGAAGACGACGACGACGAUGACGAUGACGUUGAUGAAAAGUUUGGAUCAAGUAGAAGUGGAGAGGAAGAAGAAGAAGAAGAAGAAGAAGAAGAAGAAGAAGAUGAUGAUGAUGAUAAUGAUGAUGAUGGUGAUGAUCAAGUGGAAGCGAAGCCAUUCAUUCUGAGUUCAGCAACCUUGGCAACGUCUUGA